GAGAACGCGAUAAUCGUACAGAAGUCAUGAAAUGGCUGUAAUAAUAGGAGUUGUUAAUGUUGAAGAGCAGAAACUUACCUUCCUCCUUUCCUCCUUGUCGUCGACGAUUCCGAGAAUAGCUUCACACUCAUGUCUGGUUUUAGCUAGGAACACACCCCGAAGAGCAGAGAGUGACAGGUAGAACGGAACCUUCUUUCCCAGGCCGCCGGAUUCGGUGUCUCCGUCCCCACUCCUUCCCUGAAAUGUGGCGGAUGAACUGCGCCUUACGUGCGGGGCUCUUCUCUUCUUUGUGAAAGUGCCCGAUUCACCCUCAGGCGUCCCACUUUUUGUUACUGUAAUUCAGGCGCCGCGGAGGUGGAAAGUUUAAGUUUUAGUUGUAUUUGAGAUCACUGGUUGAGUGUUGUUAGUGGCGUAUAUAUUGUAUACGGAGCAUUUACAUUUCUUCAAGUGUUGGAGUGGAAAUAUGGGCGGUGCUGAGGAAGUUAAUACUGAUUUGUUCCAGAGACUUCAAUCAUCUUUCGGGAAGUCAUCAUCUUCAGCACUCUCCAACCAACAAGCUGGAUCAAUCAACCCACUUGACAUUCCCCAGCUGAAUACUUCCCAAUUUCAGAUUCAAAUGCGGCAGUUCUCUCCAAAUUUCUCCGCUGAAAAUACAAAUAAAAGGGCCGGCAUCCCGCCUUCCCAUCCUCAAAUGCCUCCAAUUUCACCUUAUUCACAGAUCCCGCAAACAUCCCGACAGAUGAAUCAUCAGAUGGGUGUCCAAAAUUUCACCACUUCAAGCUCAUUGCCUUCUCAUUCGCGCUCAUUAUCGCAGCCCUCAUUUUUCUCCCUUGAUUCCUUGCCACCAUUAAGCCCCUUGCCAUAUAAAGAAUCCCAUUUGACAUCUAUUUCCGACCAAAUGUCAACAGAUGCAACGAUGGGGGAACGGGAUGCCAAUUCACAUUCUUUAUUGCCCCCCUCUCAUUUCACCAAGUGUAACUCAUUGCGUGCAACAGGAGAUAAUCUUAGUCUUCCUCCUCGUAAGGCACACAGAAGGUCCAACAGUGACAUACCUUUCGGGUUCUCUAAUAUAAUGCAAUCUUCUCCACAGCUUAUCUCGUUAGACAGGUCACUGUCAUCAAAAGAUAGUCCAUGUGGCAAGCCCAUUCAGUUGGUUAAACGGGAAACUAGUGGCAGUGAGAGCAAUGGUGAAGGGACGGGGGAGAGAAAAUCUGAAGGAGAAGUUGUUGAUGAUUUGUUUUCUGCUUAUAUGAAUUUGGACACCAUAGAUGCAUUGAACUCUUCAGGAGGCGGUGAUGAUAAGCUGGGUAGUGAAAACCAUGAGGAUUUAGACAGUAGGGCUAGUGGGUCAAAGACAAAUGGUGCUGAUAGCAGUGAUAACGAAGCUACAAGCAGUGUCAAUGAAAGUGGGAAUAGCAUGCACAUAUCAGGAGUCCCUUCUUCAAAUGAAAAGAGGGAGGGGGUUAAAAGGAAUGCAGUGGGAGACAUAGCACCAACCACCAGACACUAUAGGAGUGUUUCCAUGGAUAGCUUUAUGGGAAAUCUUAACUUCUCUGAUGUAUCACCGAAGUUACCCCCAUCACCUGGAAACCACCCUGGGAGUCUCUCACCUACCAAUUCUCUUGAUUCAAAUUCAAACACGUUUAGUUUGGAGUUUGGGAAUGGUGAGUUUAGUGGUGCUGAACUUAAAAAGAUCAUGGCCAAUGAGAAACUUGCUGAGAUUGCUUUAACAGAUCCAAAACGUGCCAAAAGAAUUUUAGCAAACCGUCAAUCUGCUGCCCGUUCAAAGGAGCGCAAGAUGAGAUACAUUGCAGAGUUGGAACAUAAGGUGCAAACGCUGCAGACUGAAGCGACAACAUUGUCUGCUCAACUGACUCUCCUGCAGAGAGACUCUGCUGGGCUAACAAGCCAAAAUAAUGAGUUAAAGUUUCGUUUGCAAGCAAUGGAACAACAAGCUCAACUCCGUGAUGCCUUGAACGAAGCAUUGACUGCUGAAGUACAACGCUUGAAGAUUGCAACGGCAGAUCUGAACGGAGAGCAUACCAAGUUCCAACAGCUUUCAUUGAACAGCCAGAUGUUUCAGUCCCACCCUGCUGCUAGGAUCAACAUGCAUCAAUUGCACCAACAGCAACAACAAUCUUCUCAGCAACAAGCUCAGCAGCACAACAACAAUGCAUCAGCAAAGCAUGACUCAAAUCAAUAGGCUUUUCAUGUUUCAGUCUCCUCAAUUCAUUCAUUAGUUCUAUCUUUCCAGGAAAAAUGCCAAGGCACCACCACCCUUUACUUGUACACUCUUUGAAUGCUCUGCUGAAUUUCGGUUACUUAUAUAAAGUGGCUUUUUUAUUAGUAGGGUAGUAUAUAUAAAAAUAUAUUGUUUACUUGAAACUUAUGUAUCAUUAGAUGAGACAUUUGGUUGAAGGUGAACUCAGAUGUUUUGGCAAAUGUAGUGAUUUGUAUCAUGGAAUGAGACAUUUUGCUUGAAGGUGAACUCAGAUGUUUUGGCAAAUGUAGUAGUGAUUUGUAUCAUGGAAUCAGACAUUUGCGGUUGAAGGUGAACUCAGAUGUUUGGGCGAAUGUAGUGAUCUUCAGUGGCCCUUUUCUUGUUCUGGGAGUGCAUUUUGGAUGACUUAUUGUUUAAGAAUAAGUAUUUUUUUAAAGUGAGUUGUAGCGUUACUUUAAAAAGAAAUGUCUGACAAGGAAAUGAAUAUAAUGCUUUUAGUUCUUACUUAGAAUACACGUUUGUCUUUGUUUUAAGAAAGCAUAGGGUUGGCUUGCUUGAAUCAUCCCAUACAAACUCUCAUUCUCUGGAGGCCUUGAUUUUGUCAGGCUGUGCUGAUGAUGGCAAAUUGGCAAUAUGUUACUAGGCACUAGGCAGAUGGCUUGCUGUAUAGAGAAAGUUGAGUAUAAUAUGUUGGAAAUAGGGAAAAGAGCAACUUUUUAGCUAUUGCUUUAAUUGUCUACACCACCCUUAAUGCAAUCAAAUCUUUUAUCAACCCCAAUGUUUCCAUUCAUUUUAGUGGUGUCCUCAAAAUGGAU